AUGACUUCCAAAUUUCAUGCUGAACUUUCGCAAGAACUUUUAUUGAUGCUAAAUAGCGCAGAUGACCAUAAUGUAGUUAUCCAAGUAGGAAAAGAUCAAAAUAUAAAAGAAUUUAGAGCACAUUCAAAUAUUUUGAGAGCUCGUUCUCCUUAUUUUAAAAGUGCAUUCUCAUCUGGAUGGGCUACAAAAAAUAAUAAUAUAAUCGAGUUCAAAAAACCGAACAUUAAUCCUAAAGUGUUCGAAAUGAUACUUAAUUACAUUUAUGCAGGCGAAGUAGAUUUAACUAAACAAUCCGUUGGAAAGGUUCAGAUUGAAUCGAAAAUUAUCAAGCCAAAGCUUGCUUCUAUCAUUAUUAACUGGAUGAAUAGGAAAGACGCCAAAGCUAUCCGUAGCAAAGAAGAUCUAUUAUACAAAUUUAACCUCAUUUAUCGUGGUAGCCGAGAUGGGAUCGAUAAUAAUUCAUUUAGAAGCAAUUAUAAUUCACAGGUUCCAACAUUGGUCUUAGUCAAGUGCCAAGGUUCGCAAAAAAUAUUUGGUGGUUAUUCUCCAAUCAAGUUUUACAAUUAUGAUUAUGGUGAUCAAUUUACUGGGUCUAUUGAUUGUUUUAUUUUUUCUUUUGAAAAUAAUGAAGAUACACAAAAUAUGAAAUUAAGUCGUGUUAAUUCUCAGUAUUAUAAUUAUGCUAUAUAUGAAUACUACGCUUAUGAUGAUAGUUAUGGAUUUAAUUUUGGUUGUGACUUUUAUACACAAGGUCAGUGUUUAUAUGUAAACAUGAAUACCGGUUAUUAUGAAAAUAAUGUAUUUAAUAAUAAUAAUGCUUACACAAUCGAGGAAAUUGAGGCCUUUAAUAUAACAAACACCAGAAAAUAA